UGAAAAAAAAUUGUAUAGUACAGUUUGUUCCAUUCAAUGUUCAUAGAUAAAUAGAAGUAUCUAUAAAAUUAACUAAAAAUAUAAAAAAACUAUAGUUUUAUAGCUAAGUGCAGAAAAAUACGUAUGAAAUAAUGUAUAGAAGAAUUUAUUUACGCAUAUGUAUUUGAAAUGGCUUCCGGUGUUACCGUGUCAGAUGUUUGUAAAACCACAUACGAAGAAAUUAAAAAGGAUAAAAAACAUCGCUAUGUAAUUUUUUAUAUACGAGACGAGAAACAAAUUGAUGUUGAAACAGUAGGCGACCGAAAUGCUGAAUACGACCAAUUUCUAGAAGACAUUCAGAAAUGUGGUACAGGAGAAUGCCGUUAUGGUCUGUUUGAUUUUGAAUAUAUGCAUCAAUGUCAAGGAACUUCUGAGAGCUCAAAAAAGCAAAAACUUUUCUUAAUGUCUUGGUGCCCAGACACCGCUAAGGUUAAGAAGAAGAUGUUGUACUCAAGUUCGUUCGAUGCGUUGAAGAAAUCUUUGGUGGGUGUUCAAAAAUAUAUUCAAGCUACCGACCUUUCCGAAGCUUCUAGGGAGGCAGUUGAAGAAAAAUUACGCGCCACAGAUCGUCAAUAAAUAUACUACAGUGUUCUACUUUUUUGUAUUUGUAGUAGAAAUAAACAAAAAAUAAAAAAAAAGAAGUACAUACAA